AUGGACAUCUCGUGGGCCCUACUGCUCUUCCUGCUCCUGGAAAGUUCUUCCCAAGACGUGGAUCCGAAAGGUCCCUCCACUGAAGUCACCAGCCGGAACCUUCCAAGUUCAAAAGCCUCGGCUGACAUCCCUGAUUCCCAAUGGUUUACUGAGGUGCUGAGUUCCAACGACACGUCUGGGUCCCUCUGGGCCAAUGUUAUUCCCGAGGGCCCACAUUUGAAAUUCCCUGCCGGGACCCAGGAUCGCACCUUCCCUGAAACCCCUGGGUCCGAAGCCGGGCCGGAGGGUGCUCCCAAAGACGCUGGGCCUUCCGUCCCUUUGAAGACCCCAGUUGUCAACAUCUCUGCCCAAGUCCCAGAUAUCAAAAUCGGCUCAGACUUUUCCCCCGAGGAUCCUGGACUCUCUGCCCAGAACCCGGAGUCUGCAAUUUCUACAGAAGCCCACCCAGCCUCAGGCUUCCCCCAGCAAGCGGGGGGACCCCUGGCAGUGCUGGUGGGCACCCCCAUCCGGCUUCCCGUGGUCCCAACCCCAGACCCCGGGCCCCCUGCCCCACUGGUGGUCUGGCGCCGGAGUUCCACUGUGCUGGCAGCCGGGGGCCUGGGACCAGGGGCCCCGCUCAUCAGCCUGGACCCUGCUCACGGACACCGCCUGCGAUUUGAUCAGGCCACAGGGGGUCUGGAAGUUGCCUCUGCCCAGCUGGGAGACGCGGGGGUCUACACAGCAGAGGUCAUCCGGGCCGGGGUCUCCCGGCAGAUUCGGGAGUUCACGGUGGGCGUGUAUGAGCCCCUGCCGCAGUUGUCGGUGGAGCCCCAGGCCCCGGAGACAGAGGAGGGGGCGGCCGAGCUCCGGCUGCGCUGUGUGGGGUGGCGGCCGGGGCGCGGGGAGCUGAGCUGGAGCCGGGACGGACGGGCCCUGGAGCCCGGCGACCCCGAGGGAGCGGAGCCGCCCCGGAUCCGCGCGGAGGGCGACCAGCUGGUCAUCGCGCGCCCCGUGCGCAGCGACCACGCCCGGUACACCUGCCGCGUGCGCAGCCCCUUCGGCCACACGGAGGCCGCGGCCGACGUCAGCGUCUUCUACGGCCCGGACCUGCCCGCCAUCAAGGUGUCCUCCGACCGCGACGCCGGCCCCGCCCUCUACGUCACCGCGGGCAGCAACGUGACCCUACGCUGCAGCGCCGCCUCACGGCCGCCCGCCGACAUCACCUGGAGCCUGGCCGACCCGGCGGAGGCCGCCGUGCCCGCCGGCCCGCGCCUCCUGCUGCCCGCGGUCCGGCCGGGCCACGCGGGUGCCUACGCCUGCCUCGCCGCGAACCCACGUACCGGCCACCGCCGCCGCUCGUUGCUUAACCUCACCGUCGCGGAUCUGCCUCCUGGCUCUCCACAGUGUUCAGUUGAAGGAGGACCCCGGGACCGCAGCCUCCGCUUCCGGUGCACGUGGCCUGGUGGGGUCCCUGCCGCCUCUCUGCAGUUCCAGGGUCUCCCAGAAGGCGUCCGCGCUGGACCAGUGCCCUCCACGCUGCUGGCAGCCGUCCCUGCCCACCCCCAGCUCAGUGGCGUCACCGUCACCUGCCUCGCUCACCACCUGAUGGCCACGCGUACCUGCAGCGUCACUCCAGAGGCCCCCCGAGAGGUGCUGCUUCACCCGAGGGUGGAAGAGACUCGGGCAGGGGAGGCCGAGGUGGCGCUGGAGGCCUCUGGCUGUCCCCCACCCUCGCGAGCGUCCUGGGCCCGGGAAGGGCGGCCCCUAGCCCCGGGUCGUGGGGGUCGCCUACGGCUCAGUCAAGACGGGCGGAGGCUCCUCAUUGCCAACUUCAGCCUGGACUGGGACCUGGGGAAUUACUCCGUGCUGUGCAGCGGGGCUCUGGGCGCCGGCGGCGACCACAUCACCCUCCUUGGACCCUCCAUCUCCUCGUGGAGGCUGCAGAGAGCCCUCGACGGGGCCGUGCUGACCUGGGACGUGGAGCGUGGGGCGCUGAUCAGUGGCUUUGAGGUCCAGGCGCGGCCAGAGGGGCCUGACCCGGGAAGAGCCCACCCCUACAAGGACUGGGUGUCCCUGCUCAUCCUAGGGCCUCAGGAGCGGUCUGCAGUGGUGCCCCUCCCCCCUCGGAGCCCUGGGACCUGGGCCCUGCGUAUCCUACCCACGCUGGGGGGCCAGCCAGGAACCCCUUCCCAGAGCCGGGUUUACCGAGCCGGUCCCACCCUGGGCCCCGGGGCCAUCGCUGGCACCGUCCUGGGUUCCCUCCUGGGCCUGGCGCUCCUGGUGGCACUUCUCCUCCUGUGUAUCUGCUGUUUGUGCCACUUUGGAGAAAAGACUCUUAAGAAAAAGAAGCCUCCUACUUUGACCCCUGUGGUCAUCCAACCAGAAAAGACGCCCCAGAGUGUGACCCCAGAGCAGCCCGCACUGCCUCUGCCCCUCAAAGUGGAUCCUAGUCCAGCCAGGACCCACCAAACCUCAGGCCCCGAUCCCGUCACCUCUCCUGGUGGUGUCCCCAGGAACGUGCGUGCCGCCACACAGGUGUGA